CUAAUGCUCUGUUAUCUAUAUAUAGGCUUCUCGUAGUUGCUCUCAACCACACUACAACAUAAGCUAAAAGCAAAAACACACUCAAAGGCACUUCUCAAAAUUUUCUCCAAUCCCUCUUAGUUUUUGUGCUUUCCUAGUUUCCAGAAACAUGCUGAGUUGCCAAGCAUGGCCAGAACCAGUGGUUCGAGUCCAAGCCUUAGCAGAAAGUGGCCUCAGCUCUAUCCCUUCCCGUUACAUUAAGCCACUCUCCCAAAGACCCUCCAACAACACUCUUCCCUCUCCUCAAACUCAUCACCAACAUGCUCAAUACCAUGAUCAUGCCAACAUCCCUGUCAUUGAUCUUGAGCAACUCUCUUCGAAGAAUGAGAGUGUUCGAAAAGAGGGGCUGAAGAAGAUGGCUGAGGCUUGCAGUGAGUGGGGUUUCUUUCAGGUGGUGAACCAUGGAGUUAGCCAUGAGUUGAUGAAGAAUUCUAGGGAGCUGUGGCGUGAAUUCUUCAACCAGCCUCUUGAGGUGAAGGAGGAGCAUGCAAACUCCCCCACCACUUAUGAGGGCUAUGGAAGUCGCUUGGGAGUGCAGAAGGGAGCCUCCUUGGAUUGGAGUGACUACUUCUUCCUUCAUUACAUGCCUCCCUCUGUCAGAAACCAAGCUAAAUGGCCUGCAUUUCCAUCAUCCUUGAGGAAAGUGAUCGGUGAAUAUGGAGAAGGAGUGGUUAAGCUGGGAGGAAGAAUACUGGAAAUGAUAUCGAUAAACCUUGGUUUGAAAGAGGAUUUCAUGAUUAAUGCAUUUGGGGGUGAAAGUGAGGUUGGAGCAUGUUUAAGGGUGAAUUUCUAUCCAAAGUGCCCUCAACCUGACCUCACUUUAGGACUCUCCCCUCACUCAGACCCUGGUGGCAUGACCAUUCUCCUCCCUGAUGAUUUUGUUUCUGGCCUUCAAGUUCGCAAAGGGGACCAAUGGAUCACUGUUAAGCCUGUCCCAAAUGCCUUCAUCAUCAACAUCGGUGACCAAAUUCAGGUGCUGAGCAAUGCAAUUUACAAGAGUGUAGAACACAGGGUGAUUGUGAACUCAAACCAAGAUCGUGUGUCUUUGGCCAUGUUCUAUAACCCAAGGAGUGAUUUACUGAUUCAACCAGCCAAAGAGCUUGUGACAGAGGAGAGACCAGCCUUGUACUCACCAAUGACGUAUGAUGAAUAUAGACUUUACAUUAGGCUAAAUGGAACAUGUGGGAAGGCCCAAGUUGAAUCACUCACUUCCAAAUCCUCCUUACAGUAAAAUAUUUACUGUGUUUUGCUCUCACUUUUCCAACUUAAUUUUCCAUGUUCAAGACCUUGUUUUAUGAAGUUAAUAGUUGUAACUUUUUACU